CACAGAUUGAGGUGUGGCCAUCGAGGGCAGCCAUCUUCUUGACUUUCUGUCGCUUAGCAUUUCAGCGUGCUACAUAUCGCUUUGUUAACGGCGCAACCGGGAACUCUGUGUGUCAAGGAGGGAAAAAAACCUUCUCCUCCUCCCGCGAUAGAGAGGGCCGAGGGAGUGCCAUGCGUUACGAAUCCACAGCAUCUUCGCAUGACGACUGUUUAAUUCAACAUACAAGAAGCUACACGCUGUGACUGCAUUCAAUCACUGAUUUGGGAUCGUUUGUACCAGUUUAAAUACGACCUGGGCUUUAAUUCACAGAGACGCUGAAAGAAAGACUAAAAACAUGGGAUGCAAUACGGGCCGAUGCCUCGGUCCAGACGAUACGGGGUACCCUGGAUCAGAAUUCAUGGCAGCCAUUAGAAAGAAAUUGGUUAUUGUGGGUGAUGGUGCUUGUGGUAAAACAUGCUUACUUAUAGUCUUCAGCAAAGACCAAUUUCCAGAAGUUUAUGUACCUACAGUGUUUGAAAAUUAUGUUGCGGAUAUUGAAGUUGAUGGGAAACAGGUGGAACUGGCUCUUUGGGACACAGCUGGACAAGAAGAUUAUGAUAGGUUGCGUCCACUAUCAUAUCCUGACACAGAUGUAAUCUUAAUGUGUUUCUCUAUUGAUAGUCCAGAUUCCCUGGAAAACAUUCCUGAGAAAUGGACACCAGAGGUGAAGCACUUUUGCCCAAAUGUGCCCAUUAUCCUUGUUGGAAACAAAAAAGACUUACGCAAUGAUCCUAAUACUAUCAAAGAACUUAGCAAGAUGAAACAAGAACCAGUUAAGCCAGAAGAAGGAAGAGCUAUGGCUGAAAAAAUCAAUGCUUUUGCUUAUCUUGAAUGUUCUGCUAAAAGUAAGGAAGGUAUUAGGGAAGUAUUUGAAACAGCCACUCGGGCAGCACUACAAUUCGUAGGUAAAAAAGAAGAAGAAGGGAAGAUGUUGGCUCCUAUAAUUCUUGAUUUAUCACCGAUAACAAGACAACACUAAUGGAAUUGCUAGUUGCAAUGAAGCUAGUUGUUAUGCCGGAGACCCCCAGCGGAAACAAUAAUAUAACAAUUUAUCUUUAAUUAUUUUACAUAAUAAAGCAACUUAUUAAACAAGGAAACUACAAAAAUACGUAAUAUAAAAAAAACUGUCAUCAAAACUGGAAACUUAAACUAUUAUAUAUAUAUAUAAAAUAUCUCACACAACUGGGUCAAUUUAAAAUGACUUUAAAAUGAUAGAAGAUAGAUGAAAAUUUCAUUAGAUAAAUAUAAAUAUUAUUAAGUAGUGCACAAUAAAAUGCACAGUAUUACAUCUGUGAUCUAAAGUUAUGUUUCAAAGAUUUCUAGAUCAUUUCCAUUUCUUUAAAUUAAAUUGGUUUUUUUAUAUAUAUAAAUAUAUAUAUAUAUAUACAUAUAUAUAUUUAUAGAUAUAUAAAUAUAUACAUUAAUAAAUUGUCUUAAAUUUUAUAGAAAUAUGUUAAAGCACUCUUUGAAAACAAUUAAUUCAAAAAAUAUUUUAAUUCUAAUUGUGUAAUUAUGUAUUGUAUGACAAACAGAAAAAAUAAAUAUAAGAGCUUAUAUAUUAUAUUGCGCACAUUUUUUUUGUUUUUCAUAUACUAAAUUCAAUUAAUUAAAUUAAUAUUGCAAAUUCAUAAAAUAAAAUUCUUAAAAUAAAGUUUUUAAACUAAACAUUUUUAGAUAAAAAUGUUUUAAUACUUUUUGGAAAAUAAAAGCAUCAAUUGAUUUAUUAAAAAAUAUAAAAUAUCAUUUAAGAAACUAAUGAUGACCUUGAAUUCUUUGAAACGCUUUCAUUUUCAGCAUAUAUGCACCAAAUUAUGUUUAUUUAAAACUAUUUUGUUAAAUGAAAUUUUUUUUCUAUUUUUUUUCAUUUCAAAGUUAUAACUUGAUCAAAUUGCGUAGAUAUUUUAUAUAUGCUAUAGUAUAUGAGAAACUAUAAUGUAUAUUGUAAUGACUACUUGAUUGUAUUUUUUAAUAAUAAUGAAUUGUGCUUGAAGUUUAAAAAUUAAA